CUCUUGCUUGAGUGGUGUGCUGGUGCUGGUGGCGCGGAUACUAGCCUAGCGCUCGGCGGACGCGACACUCGUCGGCAGCCGCGCAGCGCACGUGCUACACCUCGGGAUACGCUCCAGGACAGCUCACGGUGGGCAGCGGCAGUGGGGAUGCGCCACUAGCGGCCACCGCCACCAGCAGCAGCACACAGCAGCAGCAGAGACCGGCAGCGCGGCGGCGAGCGACGACCUGCAAACGAUGACAGACCCGCGAGGCAGCCCGCUGGGCAACGAGAAGCAGCUGCUGUCGCUCGAGAUGAACCAGUGCGGCGGCUCGGCGCUGCUCGAGGCGGUCGAGGUGACGACCGGAUCCGGCGCGGCCGCCGCCGUCGGGGGCGGCAAGACGUCGGAGCCGCUGCCCGAGCGCGGCACGUGGGCGGGCAAGCUGGACUUCAUCCUGUCCGUCGUGGGGCUCGCCAUCGGGCUGGGCAACGUGUGGCGCUUCCCCUACCUGUGCUACAAGAACGGCGGCGGCGCCUUCCUCAUCCCCUACUUCCUCACGCUCGUCCUCGCCGGCAUCCCCAUGUUCUUCAUGGAGCUCGCCCUCGGCCAGAUGCUCACCAUCGGCGGGCUCGGCGUCUUCCGGAUCGCGCCCCUCUUCAAGGGUAUUGGAUAUGCAGCAGCAGUAAUGUCUUGUUGGAUGAACAUAUACUACAUUGUCAUCCUUGCCUGGGCCAUCUUUUAUUUUUUCAUGUCACUUCGUUCUGAUGUUCCCUGGAGAACGUGUAACAAUUACUGGAACACACCUAACUGUGUGAAUGCUUACGAAAGAAGCAAUUUGACUUGCUGGGAAGUGCCAUAUAACAGCACAGCAAAUUCAAAAAUAUGUGCUGUGAAUCAAUUAAACAUCUCUGUGAGGGAACUAACAGAUCCUGUUAAGGAGUUCUGGGAACGACGAGCACUACAGAUUUCAGAAGGUGUUGAGCAUGUUGGCGGUAUUAGAUGGGAGCUUGCUGGGACUCUGCUACUUGUUUGGGUCAUGUGCUACUUUUGCAUCUGGAAGGGUGUCAAAUGGACUGGCAAAGUGGUGUACUUCACUGCUCUGUUUCCUUAUGUGCUUCUGACUGUACUCCUGAUACGUGGAAUUACAUUACCUGGAGCCGCUGAGGGAAUCAGAUUUUAUAUCAGCCCGAACCUGUCCAAAUUGCAGGAGUCUGAGGUAUGGAUUGAUGCUGUCACACAAAUAUUUUUCUCCUAUGGCCUUGGACUUGGCACACUUGUGGCCUUAGGAAGUUACAACAAGUUUACCAACAAUGUUUACAAGGAUGCACUUAUUGUCUGUUCUGUGAAUUCAAGUACUAGUGUCUUUGCUGGUUUUGUCAUCUUCUCGGUAGUUGGAUUCAUGGCCCAUGAACAACAGAAGCCAGUUGCGGAAGUAGCAGCUUCAGGACCAGGGCUGGCAUUUCUUGCUUAUCCAUCUGCUGUUCUACAGUUGCCUGGUGCUCCAGUAUGGUCAUGUUUAUUUUUCUUAAUGUUGCUUUGUAUUGGCCUUGACAGUCAGUUCUGUACAAUGGAAGGAUUUGUAACAGCAAUGGUUGAUGAGUGGCCACAGUUGCUGCGCAGAAGAAAAGAGAUAUUUAUUGCUAUUGUAUGCUUCCUAUCAUAUUUAGUUGGACUGUCCUGCAUUUCACAGGGAGGAAUGUAUGUAUUUCAAAUACUGGAUUCAUAUGCAGUCAGUGGAUUCUGUUUAUUGUUUCUGAUAUUCUUUGAAUGCAUUGCAAUUUCCUGGGCAUUUGGAGUGAAUCGCUUUUAUGAUGGAAUAAAGGAUAUGAUUGGUUACUACCCAUUCAUGUGGUGGAAGUUCUGUUGGACUAUAGCUACUCCAUUUAUAUGUGUGGGUGUUUUCAUAUUUAACCUUGUUCAAUGGACACCAAUUAAAUAUCUGGAUUAUGAAUAUCCAUGGUGGAGCCACUUCCUUGGUUGGAUUACAGCUUUGUCAUCAAUGUUGUGCAUACCAGGAUAUAUGAUUUAUCUGUGGCUAAAAACACCUGGUGAUUUUAGAAUGAAAAUGAAACUGUUGGUACGAAUAGAGGAUGAUAUUACCACUUUACGUGAGAAAAUGACAAGUGGAGUGUCGGAUAUAAGUUCAUUAUAAUGAAGACCAAUGAUUUACUAAACUAAAUAAAACUCUGUGUCCAAAUACAGUGAAGAAGAAUGAAAUUAUUUGUGAAGUGACAAAACAAAAUGUUGUGUUCAUGAGCAGUAGGGAUAUUUACAUGAAAGUGUCUUCCAUUGUAACACCAGAGUUUAUCUAGUGUUCUAGAGUCAAGACAGCAGAAUGGAUUCAUCUCAGUUAAUUAGAAAAUGCUUGAUAAUAUACCUGUGUUAGUGUACAUAAACCUCAAAAAUGGAAUCGAAGCAAAUGCGGUACUUCUUUUCACAAAUGUGAUGUGUAUCGCAUUGGACAUAUGACAUGGAUGGGGAAUGGAAGAUUCAUGCAUUCUCUACAAGCACUUAAGGGAACAGAAACAGCAGAAUUAAACAUGUACAAAUAAAUGUUAUGAGUGUUUUUAAAUGAUAUUUGAGUAAUUGAUAAUGUGGCUGUUGCUGCUGCUGUUGUUUGUACAUGUACUUCUAGUGCAUCUGUGUUAAAAUAAGAUUUCUGAUCAAUGUAUCUCAUAGUUUAAGAACAACCUCACUAUUCAUAUCAUUUUUCAUUCAUCAGAACAGAAGUUACAUGCCACAUAAACCAGAUGUGGAAAAUGUGGAACAACCUCCACAUAAAUAGAAAAAUUAAAAUGUCAAAAGUGGCAUACUUUUGUUCAGUAAGAGCAUUUGUUAGAAGUAUAUUAGUGUUUCCUUUAUUUGCAGAAACAAGAAAAAUAAUUUCAAGUAAUGUUUUAUUUAUUUCAUUUUGUACAUUAAAUCUGUUUCUGUGUGCUGUUGACAAUCAUAGUACCCAUUCACCUCUCCUGCAUUUUUAUGUUUUGACAUUUUAAUAAUGGACAAUUCUUUGUAAUUUUAAUAAAACUUUUUUAAUGUAAA